CACACGCGAGCGCGCACACACACACACACACACACACACACACACACACACACGCACGCACGCACGCACGCGCGCAUGCCCGCACGUGUGCGCACGCAAGCACGCGCGCGCGCGGAUUACAACCUCUUCAGCGUCCGUCCGCGCGCACAUCCCAUCAUAUCACAUCACAUCUGCCCGGAUGUUUACGUAACAACCCCGUCGCCUUACACAGGGGUCAGGAAGCAGAGUAGGUUCCGCGCUACGACAUUUUUAUUUUUUAUUUUUUUGCAGUAAUGUUCCUGUAACCUGGAGACGACCGUCACAUUCCUUCAUACGGGAUUUAUUUACUGACAUCGCGCGACCACAUGUAGCACAUCCUGUCAUUGGUAUUAUUGUUAAAAGGAAAAAGCGGUUGACGUCCUCACACAGACCGGACACCGAGUCUCCCCGGGGAUGGAGGACGCGGGUGGAGCGGCUUUAACGGCGCCCUGGCGGUGGCCGAGUCGUCGCGCAAGGAUGCUCUGGAUGUAGAGGACGCCGCGCGCGCUCCUGUGUGUGUGUGUGUGUGUGUGUGUGUGUGUGUGUGUGUGUGUGUGUGUGUGUGUGUGUGUGUGUGUGUGUGUGUGUGUAAAUAAAAUAUGGGGAAAGAUCAAGAACUCUUGCAGGCGGUGAAAACUGAGGACCUGCUCACGGUGCAGAGGCUACUGCAGAGACCCAGGCAGGGCAAAUCCAAGCUCCUGGGAUCUGCCAAGCGGAUCAACGUGAACUUUCAGGACACAGAUGGGUUCUCGGCCCUUCACCAUGCGGCUUUGAAUGGUAACGUGGAGCUGAUAGCUCUGCUGCUGGAGUCACAAGCUGUCGUUGAUAUCAAAGAUCAGAAAGGGAUGCGACCGCUGCACUAUGCUGCCUGGCAGGGAAAAUGUGAGCCAAUGAAAAUGCUGCUGAAGGCGGGAUCAUCAGUCAACAGCCAAUCGGAUGAAGGACAGAUUCCGCUUCAUCUCUCAUCCCAACAUGGCCAUUACGAUGGAAGUGAGAUGCUGUUGCAGCACCAGUCCAACCCCUGCAUCAGAGACCAUGCUGGAAAAACACCCCUGGACCUGGCCUGUGAAUUUGGGCGUGUCUCGGUGGUGCAGCUCCUCCUGAACAGCAACAUGUGUGCCACUAUGUUGGAGCCGAAGCCGUCGGAUCCCAACGGCAUCAGCCCUCUUCACCUGGCUGCCAAAAACGGACACAUCGACAUCAUCAAGUUGCUAAUCCAAGCUGGCAUAGACAUAAACCGGCAGACAAAAUCUGGCACAGCACUGCACGAGGCUGCGCUCUGCGGGAAAACCGAUGCCGUUCGUCUCCUUCUAGACAGUGGCAUUAGUGCGAGUGUGAGGAACACGUACUGCCAGACAGCACUGGACAUCGUAAACCAGUUCACCACGACACAAGCAAGCCGAGAGAUUAAACAGAUGCUGAGAGAUGCCUCUGCAGCCAUGCAGGUGAGAGCGCUUAAAGACUACUGCAACAACUAUGACCUGACGAGCCUGAACAUCAAAGCAGGCGACAUCAUCACGGUCCUGGAACAGCACUCUGAUGGGCGCUGGAAAGGCUGUAUCCAUGACAACCGCACAGGAAAUGACCGUGUUGGCUACUUCCCCUCCAACAUGGUGGAGGUCAUCAAGAGGGCAGGACCCUCUACUCAGCAGUAUCUUAAGAUACACAUCCGUCCGCCAGCAAUUGGCUCAGUUGCCAUGGUGAACGGUGACUCCCACAUUCUCUCUCUUCCCCUGACCUCUCUGCCCCCUCCUCCCUCCCUGAUCUCUUCCCAUCAGCCCCUGUUCACCUCAUUCGGGUAUAACACACCCACCUGCAGCUCAUUUGUGUUCGAACCACCCUCCUCCCGCUCAGAGGGGCCGAAAAGAGAGAAAGGUUCCCGUGGUUCUGUGUCCAGUCCCCAUGGCUCCCCAACAUUAAGUGUGCAGCAAAGCAGUUCCAGUGAAGAUAUCUGGGUCCUGAGGAAGCCUUUAGCAGGUGCUGGCAGCACAGGGAGUCUGACCGGUGGCCGCUCUUCAGUCAGUGGUACGGUGGAAAAUGCCAAUGCUCAUCUCGCAAGCUCCCCUGUGCCCGUCCCAACCACUCCAACACAUUCCCCAGGGAUCAACACACAUGGCGUAAAUGUGCCUGGGCUACACGCACAAGCCGAGGGGGUAAAGUUGCUGGCCACAGUAUUGUCUCAGUCUGCCAAAGCGAAAGAACAUCUUCUGGAGCAGGACCCCAGUGCAGCUUCUUCACAACUUACCCAGAGUGUAACUGGUGGUCCACGUCCAGAAAAGAAAAAAACAUUUGUUGAUCCUUUACUACAGAGAAAAGAUAGUGCUGCGACAGAAAGCAAGAGCUCGGAGGCCGUGGCUGAAUGGCUUACUAGUGCUCAGCUACAGUUUUACACAACAAACUUUCUUACAGCCGGAUACGACCUUCAGACCAUCAGUAGGAUGACGCCAGAGGAUCUGACAGCAAUCGGUGUGACAAAACCUGGACACAGGAAAAAGAUGCUGUCUCAGAUCACCAAACUGAGCAUUCCUGAAUGGAUUCCUAAAGAGAAACCAACGAACUUAGCAGACUGGUUGUCCCUGAUUGGACUUAGUCAGUACUAUCAGACUCUUGUCCAGAAUGGCUACGACAACAUGGACUUUGUCAGUGACAUCACCCUUGAGGACUUGCAGGAGAUUGGCAUCACCAAGCUGGGACAUCAGAAGAAGUUAAUGUUGGCUGUUAACUGUCUGGGAGACCCUCCGAAAGAGGAGGACACUCGCAUUAAGGGAAUGCAGUCAGAUGAAAAAACAACUUUGAAACACCAAGCUGCUGCAGAAUCCACCCCUGCACCAAGAACACGAAGAGGAGUGGAAGCACAUGGCUCUCCACGGCUCACCUCCCAGGGGCGUGGUAUACAGCGAGCAGAUGCUCUGCCUCCUCUAAAAAAGCCUGCUUUGUGCAACAGUCCAGCCCACACACCACCACAUACACCCACUAAAGUCAAAAGUUCCUCCUCUCGCUCAAAUUCUCAAGCAUGCCCAGUCCCAUUGCUCUGCCUUCCCCAUGAAAGCACAGCUGAGGAAGAUGAAGAUGGCACACCUCCUUUACCUAGACGGAAAGACCCACCCUUCCCUGACAACUAUACAGCAUCCUCCCUGGAUGUUGGAGGGGUAAACCGUAGCCAGUCCUUCGCCACAACACGACCUCGCAGGAAGACACGCCCCCCUACACCACCAAAACGAUCGUGCUCCUCCAUCUCCACGGGGAACCUGCUGACUGAGGGUGGGGUUAACCAAGGCGAGCCUUGUGAUUCGUUUCUCAGUGUGACAUACAGAGAACGGCGCCGUAGCGACUGUGGACCUGCCUCUGAAUCAGGGGUUUUAGGUGGAAGCGUUCGAGACAUUGCUGCCAUGCUAGAAAUGUCCACAUUAGGUGGCAGGAUCAAAAGUGGUAGCAGGAAUUACUUACAGGAAAGCCCAGACAUUCUCAGACGAAACCGUGACACUCUGAGUUCAGAGGAAGAGAUCCAGAGUCGACGUCGCACAAUCAGCGGCCCCUUAACUGAUUAUGAGAAUCCCAUUGCACAGCAAGAUGGCAUCCGACAAGUUACUAAAUCUCUACCUACUACCGAUGAAACAGAGGAAAAACUCCCUGCGAGGCCGACUCCAGAGCCCCGCCCCCGCUCUAUGCUGACACAAGAAGAAUGGUCACGUGUAGAUGCCACGGCGACCUUGAGGAGGCCCCGUACACCACACGACUUGGGCAGUGAGAGGUUCCAGCUCACCGAGACCAGCACUGUGAGACGACGGCCAAAGCUUAUAGCGCCAUCUCAGUCGGGUGAUUUAGCUGCAAAUGCACCAGAUGCUGCUAUUCAUGUAAGACCUGCAUCAGAGGUGGAAAAUGUGUAUCGGGAAAGUGAAAUGAGUGACGAUUUCAGGCGAGUGUUGAAGCCUCCAGUUUCCCCCAAACCAGCCCUGGGCCUCAGGAAGCUUGAGCCUCCCACUCCAAGCAGGAGAGUUCCACUUACAGGACCAGAGAACCAACACAGCACAGUGGAAGUCAAAAAGGUUCCACCACCUGUUUCUCCAAAGCCAAGUCCUCCUCCAACACUUCCAAAACCAAUCAAAAUAAAGCCCCUGCCAACUCACACAGUUACCCCACCCAAUGAGUUAAACACACACCCACUUCCCCCGACUGUUCCCUCUGAGCAAGAGGAUCAUGCCAUACUCAGUCCAUCAACUCCGACACCAAAACCAGCAGAAUCACAUACUUUGUCCCCACAACUGUUGACAUCUCCUGCUCAGAGCCCACAAACUCCACAAACUCCCUCUACCCCCGGGAGUGGAUCUGCCCCAGUCAAACCUCCAAGAUCUUCCGCAGCAGGGCUGUCAGUGGACAUUCCCUGUCCUUUUGAGGCAGAGCCGCAAAAGGUGGAAAAACACAGUGAGGAUGAUGAGUGGAAAAGGCAGAUGAAGGAAGUAGCAGUGGUUAAGGGGCAAGAGAUGGCCUCUACUGAGGUCACAAGGGUCACAGAGGGGUCAGGGCAGGUGCCGAUGAGGCGCAGAAAAGCCGGUGUGGCCAGACAGAUGCAAAUUGAGGGAGAAAUUGAAAGCACUACCGAAGAUAGUGGUGUAACUGCAGAGGAAAUUCCACAGGGGGCACUUCAUUCGGAAGAAGAAAGAAACCAGCUAAGGCUGGAUGAGACCAGCGCUUCCUUAGCUGCGGCACUGGAGGUCGUAGAGGAAAGGAUCAUGACCGAAGACAAUUCGACAAUGGAGAAUAAAAGCACAGUCAACAUUCUUGAUGACAUUGGAAGCAUGUUCGAUGACCUUGCUGACCAGUUGGAUGCCAUGUUGGAUUAAAAAAAAAAAAAAAAGCACAAAAUAAAUCAUAGACGAAAUAAGCACAGCAUAUUCUUCAUCCGAGCGCCAGAUCUAUUUAAAGCCACGCUUUAAUGAUCAAGCUAACCCAAGCGGAAUCCCAAUAAACAAUACGAUAAACACAGACUAGAUUUUAUCAGAGAGAAUUGUGGACCUCCUGAAGGGCAGAGAUCUUGGGUUUAAAAAAUGUGAAAUCAUCGAACGUCCACGUUUGGUAAAGGUUUUGGAUCCAGGACGGAUGGACCGCUCUCAUGCUGCUUCCAGAGAUAAGCACAAUUAAAUGCUAACAAACUAUUUAAACAUUGUUAAGGUCAAGAAAUGCUAGCAAUGUGUCAGAGUGUAUGUGUGUGUUUGUGUGUGUGUGUGUGUGUGUGUGUACUAUGUUUGGGCUUUUCUUCAUUGGCAAUCAACGUUUGUGUAUUCAUUUUUUCAAAAAAAUUUGGAAUCACUAUUUUUGUGCUUUAAUGUGAAGUCGGCUAUGAGGUUUAGCGAAAAACGCAGACGUCAAAGGGGAACACGGGAAAAAGAAAAACAGCAAGUUAAAGAAUACGCUAAAGAUUGAAUUUUGCUAGCUAGCUUAAAAAAACAUGAGGAAAAGCCAUUUAAUGGGUUCCCCUUUGGAUCCAUAUUUCAAAGCAAAAAACAAAAAAACAAAAAAAAAACUGAGAUGUUGUGAUCCUUCUCUCGUCACUGUAGUUGUUUGUGUGUGAAUGUGUUUAAUCGUGUAGUUUCUGCAUAGAAAACAAAAAAAUCCCAAUUUUCAGCAGAUAAAGCAGUGUGAAUUAUAAUUUGUCGUUCAUAGAUGCUGCGUGGCGUAGUGUAAAUGUGACAUAGAUUACAGAGUAGAAUUUGGAAUGCAACAGGCACCGCUUCAAUCCCGGUUAAUGUGAACAAGCGUUUUGGGCCGUAUUCAGAGUGCCCGAGUCCCGCAGGGUAAGUCGGUCAUAAUCGGAAUUGAGUUCUGUACCAGUUUUAGUCAGUUUUCUCAGUGUGAACCAUUCAGAUGAUUCAAAUCACCUGCCUGUAUUUCAUGCCUCUAAACAUACCAGAUUUUCUCGAGUAGAGCGCCUGAGGCAGCUUUUUUUCAGCAUCAACGGCAUCUAGACGCUACUCUUAAACCGUAAAAAUGAACCAAACUCCGCGCUCAUUAUUUAAGAGCUUAUAGACCAGCACUGGGUCCGGCACAACCAACACUUAUUUAUUUGCACAAUUUAACAAGUCCAGAUGAAAUCUUAACCUGUGUUUUAGGCAAACUCUGUUCCAUGUGUAACUCUUACGUAACAUCUGAAUAGCACGUGAUUCUGCAGUUAUGAGCGAGUUCACUAUUAAAUCUACGUUUAACUCUGAAUACAGUCCUCUGUGUGUUUGUGUGGGAAAGAGCUUAGGAGGUGUAUGUGUGUGUGUGUGUGUGUGUGUGUGUGUGUGUGUGUGUGUGUGUGUGUGUGUGUGUGUGUGUUUGUGUGUGUGUGUGUGGGCAGGGCUUUGGAUAUGGGUUUGUUUAAGAUGCAAAAUGAGAUGAUAAGUUUUUUAUGUUGUGCAUAUGCAUUGGCCCAUUGGAGAGAGCUUGCAGUCUAAAUAAUAGUGGCCAAACGUCCAUAAUUAAGUAUUUAUGUUAUAUAAUUACAGAGCAAUAUUUCGAUCAACUCUCCAUGUUGGUAAUUUUAGUUUUAUGACAAUCCUUUAUCAUGUUUGAAUAAUUCAUUUUAAUGAAGUUAAAGGUGGACAUAAGAAAGUUAAACCUUAUAUCCUGUAUAAAAAAAAAAGUCUAUGUACUAUUCAAGUUAUUUUGUGUACAUGCUCAACUGGUUAAUGUGUUCGACCCUCUGGAGAAAUGAUCCUUGGAGACCUCUUCCAUGUAAAGCAUAUUGAGAGUAUGUGGAAGUACGAUUAAUAAA